GGCUCUUGCCAGUUGCCUUCAUUACACCUUGCCGGGUUCCUGAUUCUAGCUGGCGCAAGACACAGCCGUUGUUGCGUAUGCCCGACGUGUCUGCUACAAUAGGCCAGCUGUAGUCUUUCAUCCUCGGUUUCAUCUGAUUCUGGAUACCAUCGCUCCGCAUCUGCGCUAGUCGGUCGCAUCGGCUCGAUCACCGCAGACAAUCGCCAAAGCAGCGGCCAAGAUGUCCAACACACUGCGGCCAUACCUCAGCUGUGUCAGGUCCACCCUGACGGCAGCCAUGCUUCUCGAGAACUUUGGAUCGCAGACCGUCGAGCGGCAUAACAAGCCCGAGGUAGAAGCAGCGACGUCGAAAGAAGUCCUGCUGAAGCCCCUCAUGAUCUCACGCAAUGAGAAUGAAAGAGUCUUCAUCGAGCCAUCCAUCAAUUCCAUCCGCCUCUCCAUCCGCAUCAAACAGGCAGACGAAAUCGAACGCAUCCUCUGCCACAAGUUCACUAGAUUCAUGAUGCAGCGCGCGGAAGGCUUUGUCGUGCUCAGGAGAAAGCCGAUACCAGGCUACGAUAUCUCUUUCCUCAUCACCAACGCACACUCAGAGACGAUGCUCAAGCACAAGCUUGUAGACUUCAUCAUCCAAUUCAUGGAAGAAGUAGACAAGGAAAUCAGCGAAAUGAAGCUCAGCCUUAACGCUCGAGCUCGUAUCGUAGCAGAGUCUUAUUUAGGGACUGUGAGUGACCGAGUUCGGUCAUGUGUGCAGUAGAUCGGCGGUGCCUCUCCCAUUGCGAGAGACCCUUCUCCAUGCUGACUGAGCCUCGCUUGUCCUUUCCAUUUCCUGAAAAGUUUGCACAUUGAGAUGCUUAGUAUGAAGGUACAUUACGCUGAUGUACAUGACGUGU